AUGCUAAUUUACGAUAGUCACGAAAAGAAGCAAGACUCUGAUGAGUGCAACAAAUGCGAACGUGAAGUGCGUCUCGAACCAGAUACAGCAGUCAGUGGUGUAUUAGCUUUCAGGCUUGCAGGCAAUCGUACACGUGGUGUUUUCGUGCGACAGGUUAAUCAGAAAUCAGAGCAGUCAAAAAUCCUUCGCAGAGGUGAUCAGAUUCUGGAAGUUAAUGGAAUAAACGUGCGCAGACUAACAUGUGACCAAAUCGCUAACAUGCUACGUCUAGCUGUAUACAACAAUGGUUAUGCUCGGUUACAGAUUGGCACAAGUACUCGCUCGAGGCAGUGGGCGGAUGGAAGUAGCAGAGAUGAGAACUGGAAUAUUCAUUACUACUACCCGAUAGCAUCGCAUGAGAAUAGCGCUUUGCCAAUGUCUACUUCCGACAUGACCGGCCUGUGCAAAUCGAAGCUCCAACUACAGGCAAUCUUUGCUGAACAUGCAAACCAAAGCAUUAUCUUUCACGAACCACUAUGUCAUAAAGAGAAAGAAAGACCUAGACGAGACAAGAAACCGUUUUGCGAAGUGAAAAAUUAG